CCUCGGACCCCUGUUCCCUUCUGGAGACACCAAGUUUCUCGCACAAAAGAGGGAUGCUGCGCGUUGCCGAGCCGCACUUGCACUCAGAGGGGACCUAAAAGUGGACCGGAGCGGAUUUUACACUUCAUCUGAUGCAAGCACCGGCGCGCUUCAUAAAAUGAUCUCCAUCGGCGGCCAGAGAACAUGCCGCAUCUCGUCUGAUGUUUGACACGUUCGCGGAACGACCCGAGGAACCGGAGGAGGACAUUAGAAAGUCAGAGAAUCCACCGCGAGCCGCGCCGGCACCCUUUUCUUUUUUUCUUUUUUUUUUGCUUCUUCUUCUUUUUUUAACUGGAGUCCGAACAAACAGAUCGCCGUCCAGAUGCAGUUUCGACUCUUCUCAUUUGCCCUGAUCGUAUUGAACUGUAUGGAGUACAGCAACUGUCAGGCGCCGUCGCACCGCUGGAGGAGGAACAAGCGAGCUAGCUAUGGAGCGUACCCCAUCUGUAAAGGCUGCUCGGUGUGCUCCAGGGACAACGGCUGUGUAAACUGCCAGCCGAAGCUCUUCCUGUUUUUGCGGAGGGAGAGGAUGAGGCAGUAUGGGGAGUGUCUUCACGACUGCCCGGCCGGAUACUACGGCAUGCGCAGCCCCGACCUCAACAUGUGCUCCAGGUGCAGGAUAGACAACUGUGAGUCCUGCUUCAGCAAAGACUUCUGCACCAAGUGCAAGUCAGGCUUUUACCUCCACAAAGGGCGCUGCUUUGAUAAGUGCCCCGAGGGCUUUGCCCCGCUGGAGGACACCAUGGAGUGUGGAGAGGGCUGCGAGGUGGGCCAGUGGAGCGAUUGGGGCGCCUGCACCAGGAGAAACAAAACCUGUGGCUACAAGUGGGGUCUCGAGACCCGGACGCGGCACAUUGUAAAGAAACCGCCCAAGGACACAAUACCCUGUCCCACCAUCGCCGAGUCCAGGAUGUGCAAAAUGGCCAUGAGGCACUGCAGGAGAGGUGGCUCAGGGAAGCAGCGAUCCAAAGAACCAAAGAAGAAGAACAAGCAGAGGCUGCGGUUUCGGGCCCAGAACCAGCACAGCGACCACUUGGCCUCUGCGCGCUCCAUCCAGUGA